AUGUCGUACUCUAACGUGUACAAGGACCUUCCUCCGCUUCCUGGACAGUCGGACGGGUCAUUGGAGUCGGAUGGCCAAUCUCCGCCCGCCACCUCGUCGCGUCGCCCGAUUCUGACUCUGCCUGUGCGGCCUGUUACAAGUGCGCAAAUUUCCAGCUCAAGCUUAGACUCUGUGGACUCUUGCACGGUGCAGCCGCAGGACCGUCGUCCGUUGCCAUUUUUGAACAUCAAGCCGUUGUCCGAGCCGUCGCGCGUGGUCCAGCAGCAGGACACGGCCUCUGUGGUGUCGUCGUUGAACUCCCAGAACCAGCCGCCUACCCCAUUUCUUGAGAGCAAGACUCUCAACAGGAAGAACGUUAAGAAACUUACGCUUUCUGCGCCCCAGCUCACCAUUCGAACCAAUUCCACCACUUCGUCUCUGGGGAACACCAGCUCCAUGUCUCCGCUCGACCAGGCCGGUUUUAAGGACCCCGAUAAGAAAGCCUCCACGGAUGAGCUCAUUGCCAACAUCCAGAACCUGGAACUUGGCCUUGAGUACCAGCUGCCCAUCAAGGCCGACGAGCUUGUGCUCUUGAAGAAGCUGGGGUCAGGAAAUUCCGGUACAGUUUCCAAGGUGCUGCAUCUGCCUACGCAGAAAACCAUGGCACGUAAAAUCAUCCACAUCGAUGCCAAAGAAGUGAUUCAGUCCCAGAUCAUCCGCGAGCUCCGCAUCAUGCACGAGUGCGACUCUCCGUUCAUUAUUGGCUUCUACGGCACGUUUCUCCACGAAGGAGACGUGGUGAUCUGCAUGGAAUAUGUGGAUUGCGGCUCGCUCGACAAGAUCUACAAAGUCACCGGCCCUUUCCCCGAGUUCAUGCUCAAACACAUUGCCUACUCUGUGCUGUCAGGACUGGUAUACUUGUACGAUAACCAUCGGAUCAUCCACAGAGACGUGAAGCCGUCCAACGUGCUGCUGGACUCCAAAGGUAAUAUUAAGCUGUGCGAUUUUGGAGUCAGCAGAGAGCUCAUCAACUCGAUGGCAGACACCUUUGUGGGUACGUCGACGUACAUGUCGCCAGAAAGAAUUCAGGGAGGCGUGUACAAUGUCAAGGGAGACGUGUGGUCGCUCGGCUUGAUGCUGUUUGAACUGGCCUCUGGUAUAUUCGCUUUUGGAGGAGCUCCCGAAGGAUGUGUCCAAGAAGUGUCUGGAUUACAAGGUGACCCGCAAAGAAAGACGCCAGAUUCGAUUCUGGACCUCCUGCAACGAAUCGUCAACGAAACACCUCCUUCGCUGAAAGAAUCCGACGGUUACAGUCCCGAACUGUGUCAGUUUGUUGCGUUGUGUCUUAAAAAGGAAAAAGAUAGACCGGACCCGCACACUUUGCUAAAACACAGCUUUUUGUCUGGGUUCGCCGAGCCCGACAGCGUGAAAGUGUGUCCCGAGUACCGCUCAGACAUCAAAAAAUGGGCCAAGAACGUGCGACGCGUCCAGAAAGGUAGACCGAAGAAAUAA